UGUUCUCGAAGCUAGGCAGCUCACUUUUUGGGGCCACCAAUUCACCCCAAAAGGUCGUUACCAACAUCCGUGGAUUCCUUUCCAAUCGGUUGACCGGAGUUUCCAUUCCCGAUACAGGAUGGAAAGAUUCCAUACUAUCACUGCCGAAGAAAUGGUUGUCGACCUCGGAGGCAACCGACGAGUUUGGGUUCCCGGAGAUGCUUCCGAAGGUCCCCGUUCCAACUCUGGACCAAACUAUGACGGAAUAUCAACGGGCUCUCCAGCCCAUUCUAACGCCCCAACAACUGGAACGCGCUAGGGGCAUCAUCAGACAGUUUACCGCCCCCAAUGGACUCGGCACGACGCUGCAGCAGUUCUUGCUGGACAAACGAGAAGCCGAAGACAACUGGGCAUACUAUUACUGGUUAAAUGACAUGUACAUGGACAACCCGCUCCCAUUGCCCAUCAACUCCAACCCGGGGAUGGUUUUGCCCCCUCGGAAGUUUACCACCGUCAACGACCUGGCACGGUUUGCUGCUCGCCUGGUGGAUCAUCUCGUCAGUCACAAAGAGAUGUUGGACAGCGGAGGUUUGGCACAGGAGCGGGCCACAUCCCGCGAAAAAGGUCAACCGUUGUGUAUGGCCCAGUACUAUCGGCUUCUCGGAUCAUGCAGACGACCUGGCGAAAAUCGAGACAGUCAAUAUUUGCCAGAGCAGAGGACCGACGAACAUGUUAUAGUUUGUUGCAGAAAUCAGAUGUACUGCCUUCCGGUAAAGGCCGGUGAUCGUGGACGGUUAAACGAAGAUGAAAUCGCAUCACAAGUGCUGCACGUGCUCAACGAUGCUCCAUGCUUAUCUAGGAGAGCUUCCCGGAUUGGCCUUUUGACGGCUGAACCACGACAGCGCUGGGCCAAGGAUCGAAAGCUGUUACUACUGGAGGAACAGAACGCACGCAACAUUGAGCUCAUAGAACAGGCAUUGGUUCUAAUCUGUAUAGAUGAGCCAAUACCAUUAACGUUCAAUGCACGGGGAUUCAACGGAUCUCCAGCGGGCGCACAUUACUGUGGAGGCCGGGAUGAAAGCAACAUGGCACAGGAAAUGAUUCACGGAGGUGGCAGCGAGUACAAUUCCGGCAAUCGCUGGUUUGACAAAACAAUGCAGUUGAUAAUCUGUAACGACGGGACCUGGGGUCUGUGCUAUGAGCAUUCUCCCUCUGAAGGAAUUGCCGUGGUUCAGCUGCUGGAGGGAAUCUACAAAAAGAUUGACGAAAUGCCAGCCAAGGAGGAAACCGGUUCGCAAGACCAUCUGCCACCUCCGGAACGUUUGGAGUGGAUCGUUCGACCGGAGAUUGAUCAACGGAUUCAGGAAGCGGCAAAAAAUGUCGAUAAGAACAUUGAGGAUCUCGACUUUUACGUGUAUCGUUAUCGGCCGUUCGGAAAGAACUUCAUCAAAGCCUGCCAGGUUAGCCCCGAUGUAUUUAUCCAGUUGGCGUUGCAGCUAGCUUAUUUUAAGCUGUAUGGAUAUUUAGUGAGCACGUAUGAGAGUGCUUCAACUAGAAGAUUCCUAUUGGGUCGAGUUGACUGCAUUCGUUCUGCCAGCAUGGAAGCACUAGAGUGGGCCAAAGCAAUGUGCCAGGGAGAAGGUGCUAACGUAACCCUCGAGAGUGACAAAGAAGAAGACUAUAGCAGCGAAGCGAAUGAUGCCAAAAAAAGAGACCAUUUAAGGGAAUUGUUCCGAUGCGCUGCAGCUCGUCAAACGGAGGUGAUGGUUCAGAAUAUCCUGGGACAUGGUAUUGAUAUCCACCUACUGGGCCUGAGAGAAGCGUGCAGGGAGCAACAGGGAACGCUCCACGAGCUGUUCACCGAUGAGAGCUACAAAAUUGCCAACUGUUUCCUUCUCUCCACGAGUCAGGUUGCCUGUUCGACUAACAGUUUCAUGGGCUAUGGGCCAGUUACCCCACACGGCUAUGGAGCGUCCUACAACCCGCAUCCGAACGAGAUUAUCUUCUGCAUUUCAGCGUUCUUCUCAUCGGAUAAAACUAGCGCAUCGCGAUUCGCUCGUUCACUUCAGGAUUCACUCGAUGCCAUGCGCGAUUUGCUGUCGUAAAUUUGACGAACUGUCGUAAACUCACAGGAGGCCUUACCGUGUAACUACCAGUUCACUCUACGCACUCCAAUAUAAAUUUAAAGUACUCAAACGUAUUUCGAGUGUAAAACGUAAACAUAUCAAUAUUUGGGAUGCUCGACUGAGUACAAAAACUCAUACAUAUCAAAUAGUUGUGAGAAGAUUAUAAAUGAUUUAAAUAGUUUAACUGACUCCGCUCUAGGCUGACGGAAUGCCAUUUCCCUAAAGCCAUUGCAGGAGUAUCCAACCAAAGAAACAGAAACAUAUCAUUAGCUCGUAAGACGAAAACUAUACACAUUGAAUCGAAAUCACGGUUAUUCGUAAGAAGAAUUUACUAACUGAAAAUUGCACUGAUUAUGAGCUUGUUAUGCAGCAUAUUGUUAGUUAAGGUAGUUGAAUAUUGUUUCUUCUGUUAAAAUUGAAGUGUUGAGUUUUUCUACUUCAAGUGCGUGUAGUAGCAAUAUCAGAAGUAUUAUGAAAUAUUUAGAUUUGUUCUAUAUUUGAAUACUAAUUAAUGUGAUUGAGUUUUAAACAACUAAACACUUGGUGGCUAGAACAGAUUUCAUUGAAAGUAUUUAAAAAUGUUAUACAGUUAUUGAGUAUUAAAGUCUAUAUUACGUUCCUUACAACGAUUCAGUAUCAAAUGCUCAAAUCAAAAUACAUUACAAAUGUACUGAAAUACCAUUCAAUAUAUCAUCUAUAUAAUCAAAGGUUUGAGCGCCCGCACAGUAAUUCUUGUCCAUUUAAUGAAACCAAAUUCUAGCAAUUAAAACGAAGGAAAAAUUGGCGUUAGCAAAAACCACCAAACCUUAGGAUGAGCUUUAAAACUGUACUCUAGUGCGAAUCAAAGCUCCACUUGCAAUCAACGUCCACCCACCAGCAUUCAACAUUGCACACAACCCGUCGGAAACAAGCUUUCCAUGAGACGAAACUCAGAAAAACGCCUCAGAAGUUUGCCAUCACAAAAUGUAUAAAAUUUGAAAUGAAAGAAAAAAAUCGUGUAAACAAUAACGAACAUGUGAAAAUUACAAUAUUUAAAAAAAAAG